UAGUGCUGUGAUCAGUUGUUUAGGUGUUUGUGUGAACACUAGAAGAUGAAGCCACCUCUGCCAGCUUCUGGUCCUGAACCCGAACCUUACUUGGAACAAAGUGUGAGUGCUGGGGGUGCAAAGCCUUCUGCUAAAGCAAUUUACGAACAACGUAAAAGUUUUGCCAAGACAGCGGCUGCUAAUGGAGAAGUAACUGAAUAUUUGGUGGAACAUAUCACAACGUUCACAAUUGAAAGAAAGGGUGGUUUGCUAACUAUUCAAGACAGCAUUCGAAAAUUGAAGCUUCUUGAUGCAAAGGGAAAGAUUUGGACCCAGCAAGUCAUGUUAAAAGUGAACGACAAAGCAAUCAAGUUAAUUGAUAUCGAAAGUCAAGAAGAACUGGAACACUUUCCUUUAUCAUCAGUGCAACAUUUAGAACAUGUAUUGGAUGCAUGUAGCUAUGCAAGUAUAUUUGCACUAGUUGUUAAAGACCCAGACCAGAAGAAUGGAGACAUACAUCUAUUCCAAUGCUCUCAAGUCCCAGCAAAUAUUAUUUGUGCGGAUGUGGAAAGUGCUUACAAAGACAUCAAGAAUAAGAAAGGACAAAAAAGUCGACCGGAAACCUUACAUAGACACAAAGAUACAAUACAAGCCUCUAUAAGACGUGCCCCCACAACACCUGUUCUGGAUAUGAACGUAAAAGAAAGAGUAGCAGCAUGGACCAAUGCAAUUGAAGCACAAAAUGAAACACCUGUGUCUUCCCCACGUGCAUUAUCAGGAGCGCAACAGGAGAACUCGGCAGAAAUGAUGGCGUUUAAAAUCCAUAGAGACGUGCAAAUGUUGAACCAUGCACUUGAUGAUAUUGAAAUGUUUGUGGCGAUGCUGCAGAAAUCCGCUGAAGCAAACAGAGAACUAACUAUUAGAAGGACAAGUAGGUCGGCUAAAAGAUCUUCGAGUAAAAAAGGAAAAGGACGAGAAGCUGGCGUUGGAAUGUUGGAGUUACGAUCACGUUUACCACCAGAAAGUGAAUUUAUUGAUGUUUUCCAAAAGUUUAAAUACUGCUUCAAUCUUUUGGCAAAAUUGAAGAACCAUAUUCGCAACCCGAAUGCUGUUGAAAUUGUCCAUUUCUUAUUCCAACCACUUCAUAUAGUGGUUCACUCAUGUAAAGGUCCUGAGGUUGGCCAGAUGGUUCAGUGCCCACUAUUUACAUAUGAAACGAUUGACUUUCUCAAUUCCUCAAUGACAGCUUCUGAGAGUCAACUCCUUAGACAACUGGGCGAGUUUUGGGCAAAAUCUAAAUUGGAUUUCCCGAAAGAAAAAUAUUUUCCUCCCUACGUUCCGAAAUUCAAGUCAGGAUGGGAACCUCCUCUUCCAUUCAUGGAGUCGGAAUCCGAAGCCACGGAACUUGCAGCUUACAUUGCGGAACAAGCGGAUCAUGUUCAUAGGAAAGAGAUAGAAUGGAAAGAAAGUGGAGCAAAUAUUGAGGACGCACUGAAACCAUUGUCACCUCAUAAUGACAAUUCCCCACGUAGAGUUAGCGUUCCUUCAAAUGGUAAUGAAGCAACUUCUGCGUUUAAACAACAUGUACAAAGUCAUGUGGCAAGAAACCAAGCUGCACAGAACAACACGGCUGGUGGUAAAGAUCGUAAAUUAUGUCGUGCCAUGCAAAGUUUCAAUGCAAGAAAUGAACAUGAGCUGAGUGUGGAACUUGAUGAUUUACUUGAUGUUUUGGAUGAUAGCAACAAAACUUGGUGGAAAGUACAGAAUCAAAAUGGUGAUAGCGGGUAUGUAUUGGGAAGCCAGAUGUUGUUGAUAUCAUCAGCAACAAAAUCCCAUUCCCCACCCUCAAGCAUCCCACCACCCCCACCCCCUCCCACUGCUAUACAAAACAAGGUAAAUAUAAAUAUACAAGCUGUUCUAAAUUACAAUUCCAUGAAUCUGUUCAUGAUCUGUAUUUACAUUCAUCCUACAGUUCAAAACUCAGCUAUGGUUCUCACAAAAGACUCGUCACAAGCAGAAGUUAAAACAUGGUUGUUAUCUCAUGGAUUCUCAUCACUGACUAUCGAUAGUUUGAGUGUCUUGAACGGAGCUCAGAUAUUUUCAUUGACCAAAGAUGAACUUAAAAUGAUAUGUGAUGACGAAGGCUCUCGUGUCCACAGUCAAUUACUCGUCCAAAAAUCCAUGCCUUCCUCCGCCACUAAUGGCGUCUCAGAGCUCGAUAAAAUCAUGGAGCGUAGAAGACGCGAAUUAUCAUGAAACAAAACUUUCAACUUCCAUUAUUCACCCAAUGCCUUUAUUUCUUCAUAUAUUUUCUUUUUUUCAUAUCUGGAUACUAAUCUGACAUUUUGGUGCUUAUUACUUAUCAUUUACUUUAAAUUGUGAACGUACUUUGGGUAGAAAACUGUAAUUAUUAAUGUACUAUUAACUUCAUUGUGAUUACCAAAAGAGACAGUUUCCUUUUUUGAUUGCAAUUAUAAAAAGUGGCAUGCCCUGCCAUAGGGCUUCACCCAUAUAGGAUUUUCAUGGUGCUGUGUUCUGUCUGUAAUCUAAAUGCAACGGUCGUAUUGGUACAUCAUCUGCACUUUAUCUCCUGCCCGAUAUUUUGUAAUUAUUGUUGUAAUACAUUUUCUUUAACCUGUGUUAUCCACUCUGGUUCAUAUAAAUAAUUAGUGGUACUGCAGUAGUAUUAGUGCUUUUAAUUCUAUGUGAUUUCUGUUUAUUUUAAUGUUUUUCAUCUUCAAUGUGAUUUCGCUUCAAUUUUGUAAGCUUUGUAUAUAUUUCCUCACCGGCUGUUUAGUAUUUCAUCUGCAUUCCACUUUCUGUGCAUAGUUUCUGGAAUACUCUUGAAAAAUCUCAGUGUUUUUAACUUCAAAGACCAAACUCAUGGUAAAAUCACACUGUUAGGAAAUUAAUAGGUCGAUAUGUAUUAUAAUCUCAAUUAAGCCUAUACUGUGUCCAUAUACUGUUAAUGCGAACCAUGAAAAAUGUUUCGAAAUCCACUCCACUGUUCACAAUCACAUUCAUGUUGUUGUUACCAUAUAUUUGGUGAGUAGAUAAUCAAUUCAUAUUUCUGAUUGUUGCACAGAAUAAUUUCGAUAGAAUAAAAAUUAUUGAAUGGCUGAUGUUCA